UGCAAGCACUGUGUCAAGACGUUCACCAAGCUCUCCGACUUGGUGCGCCACGAACGCACCCAUACGGGGGAACGGCCGUUUGUUUGCCAGUACUGCAAAGCUGGUUUCAGCCAGCGGUACCGACUCACCACCCAUAUCCGGUGCCACACGGGGGAGAAACCGUUUCUGUGUAUGUACUGUGAUAGCACGUUUGCACGAGGCGAUGCCAUGAGGUCACAU